AUGUACCCCGCGAGCCCUCCGGCCGGCCCAGCCCUGCACCCAGUCCCUCAUCGUGCUCAUCUUCCCCCGCCCCGGUGCCUUGCUGAACCACCGCGAUCACCGGCGCCCGGUCCGGGUUCCACGGCGCGCCCGCUGCCCCCAGCGCCCGGGCCGCGGCCCCGGGUGGCCGUGAAAAUGACUUUCCGUAAGGCCUACUCCAUCAAAGACAAGCUGCAAGCCAUCGAGCGCGUCAAGGGCGGUGAGCGGCAGGCCAGCGUGUGCCGCGACUUCGGCGUGCCAGGCGGCACACUGCGUGGCUGGCUCAAGGACGAGCCCAAGCUGCGCUGGUUUUUGGACCAGUUAGGUGGAGAAGUGGGCACGCAACGCAAGAAGAUGCGUCUGGCCAACGAGGAGGAGAUCGACCGCGCCGUCUACUCAUGGUUUCUCACCUUGCGCCAGCACGGCGUGCCGCUGUCCGGGCCAGUUAUCCAAGCGCAGGCUGAGGCCUUUGCUCGCCAGAUCUACGGCCCCGAGUGUACCUUUAAGGCUAGCCACGGCUGGUUCUGGCGCUGGCAGAAGCGCCAUGGCAUCUCUAGUCAGCGCAUCUAUGGUGAGGCUGAGCUCCCAGUCGCAGGCCCCGCGCCUGUCAAAGAGGAGCCCGUGCAGCCACCGGGCGCAGGUCUCCUACCUGAUGGCGUGCCAUCCGGUCUACCCCAUUCCGAGGGCGGCUAUGGCGAUGAGCAGAUCUACAAUGCUAACGUUACUGGUCUCUAUUGGAGGUUACUUCCGGAGCAGGCCGCAACUCCGGGCACUGGGGACUCUAGGGAGCCUGGUGGGUGCAGCCGACGCUGGCGCAGCGACCGAGUGACAGUCCUGCUGGCCGCCAACCUGACGGGCAGCCACAAGCUGAAACCACUAGUCAUCGGGCAGCUACCGGACCCACCCAGCCUGCGUCACCACAACCAGGACAAGUUCCCGGCCUCAUACCGCUACAGUCCAGAUGCCUGGCUCAGUCGACCACUUCUUCGGGGUUGGUUCUUCGAGGAAUUCGUCCCUGGGGUCAAGCGCUACCUACGCCGAAGCUGCCUGCAACAGAAGGCUGUGCUGUUGGUGGCCCAUCCACCCUGUCCAAGCUGGGCUACUAGCAUGCCUGCCCUGGAGGAGAGUGAGGAGGCUCCCAGGCAGUGUCAACCUGAGCUUCUUGGGUCCCCAGAGGAACUUCAAACACCAGAUGGUGCAGUUCGAGUGCUCUUCUUAUCCAAGGGCAACAGCCGUGCACACAUCCCUGCACCAUUGGAGCAUGGUGUGGUGGCAGCCUUCAAGCAUUUGUACAAACGGGAGCUCCUGAGGCUUGCUGUGUCUUGUGCCAGUGGCUCCACUCUGGACUUCAUGAGAAGCUUCAUGCUCAAGGACAUGCUCUACCUGGCUGGCCUCUCUUGGGACUUGGUCCAGGCAGGCAGCAUAGAGCGCUGCUGGCUGCUGGGUCUGCGAGCAGCAUUUGAGCCUGGGCAGCAGCCAGCCCACCAGGUAGAGGAGGCUGCUGAACACAGCAGAGUGCUCAGUGAUGUCACACAUCUGGCAGCUCUGGCUUACAAGCGCCUGGCACCUGAAGAGGUGGCAGAGUGGCUACACCUGGAUGAUGAUGGAGGUCUCCCUGAGGGCUGCAGAGAAGAGGUGGCCCCUGCAGCUCCUCCAUCCCCAGCUAGCCUGCCCUCUAGCAUUGGGGCUGGAGAGGAGGAGGAAGAGGCCACUGAACAAGGAGUGUUGGUACCUACUGCUGGGGAAGCCGUUUGGGGACUAGAGACAGCUCUGAGGUGGCUGGAGAGCCAGGAUCCUAGAGAAGUGGGGCCGCUGAGGCUUGUGCAGCUCCGUUCUCUCAUUACCAUGGCACGGAGGCUUGGGGGCAUUGGCCCCUCAGCAGCAGCUUCUGAUGAUGGUGUGUGA